ACGUGUCGUGCCCGCACUGGAUGUAGUCACUGGAGAAGCUGCCUAUAUCAGAGACGGAUGCGGCGUGCAUCCAGCUCUCCUCUCACACUGCAUUCAUCACUCACGUAGAACACAGAACCAGAUCUGUUAAUCCAGGAGCUGCCAUGGGCAUCGUCGACGUCGUCUCCGUGUUCUGCGCGCUGCCGAGGACUCGCCGGCACCUCAAGAAGAGGAAGGAGUUCCAGACGGUGGAGAUGAAGAUGCGGAUCGACUGCGAAGGGUGCGAGCGCAAGGUGCGCAAGGCGCUGGAGGGCAUGGAGGGCGUGAGCUCCGUGGAGGUGGCGCCGCGCCAGCACAAGGUGACGGUGGCCGGGUACGUCGACGCCGGCAAGGUGAUGCGGCGGGUGGCGCGCCGGACGGGCAAGCGGGUGGAGCCCUGGCCCUACGUGCCGUACGACGUGGUGGCGCACCCCUACGCGCCCGGCGCCUACGACAAGAAGGCGCCGCCCGGCUACGUGCGCAACGUCGUCGCCGACCCCGCCGCCGCGCCGCUCGCCCGGGCCUCGUCCACCGAGGUCAGGUACACCGCCGCCUUCAGCGACGAGAACCCCAACGCCGCCUGCGCCGUCAUGUAGAGCUGCACGCUGCCUCGCUCCUGUAGUAGUAGGAGUAGAUGGACUAGGAAGUUGCUGCUGUUUCUUGGAGCAUUUUUUUUUCUACUUUAGUAUUUCUCUACGCUUGUGCUCUGGUUCGAUUCGCUGUAAAAAAAGAAGAUGGUUUUGAUUCCUCAGUGGUAGUAAGUAGGCUUGAAGGCUAGCUAGUAGUGUUUGUUGCCUUGUUGAUUGAUGUAUCAUUUCUGAAAAAGAAGAUAUUUUGACAAACGACAGUAAAUAUUAUUAUUAAAGCUAAAGUAUGCAGGCUUA